GAAUUUAUCCUUUAUUAGUUCCGGGGAAUGAGCAUAUGUGGAGUGUUUUUCAGAGUGAUUUGUUAUUUAUCUUAUUAGAUAAUCAGAACCAAGUGUAAGGUGUCGGUUGUGUGUGCGGAGUAUAUUACAGUUAAAUGAAAAUACUAUAAAAUCCAACAUGGCAAGAUACGGCCAACGACCUGAAAAUGCCCUGAAACGGGCCAAUGAAUUCAUUGAGGUGGGCAAACCGGCCCGUGCGUUGGACACCCUCUACGAGGUGUUCCGCAACAAAAAAUGGGCGUACAGCUGGAGCGAGAGCGUUCUGGAGCCGAUCAUGUUCAAGUACUUGGACCUGUGCGUGGAGCUCAAGAAGUCUCACAUCGCCAAGGAGGGGCUGUUCCAGUACCGCAACAUGUUUCAAUCGGUGAACGUGUCGUCCUUGGAGAACGUCAUCCGCGGGUACCUGCGGACGGCCGAGGAGCGGACGGAGGCCGCCCGGGAGCAGUCCCAGCAGGCAGUCGUAGACAUAGACGACCUCGACAUGCUGGCAACACCAGAGAGCCUGCUGCUGAGUGCCGUGAGCGGAGAGGACGCUCAGGACCGCAGCGACCGGACGAUCCUCACGCCGUGGGUGAAGUUCCUGUGGGAGUCGUACUGCCAGUGCCUGGAGCUGCUCCGCACCAACGCCCACGUGGAGAACCUCUACCACGACAUCGCGCGCAUGGCCUUCUCCUUCUGCCUCAAGUACGCCCGCAAGACGGAGUUCCGCAAGCUGUGCGACAAGCUGCGCAAGCACCUGGAGGACAUCGGCAAGCUGCCCGCGCAGGCGGCCAACGUCAGCAUCCACCGGCCCGAGACGCAGCAGCUGAACCUGGACACCCGCCUGGUGCAGCUGGACUCGGCCAUCCAGAUGGAGCUGUGGCAGGAAGCAUACAAAGCCAUAGAAGACAUCCACGGACUGAUGAAUCUGUCCAAGAAACUUCCCGUGCCCAAGACGAUGGCCAACUACUAUCAGAAGCUGGCCAUGGUGUUCUGGAAGGCCGGCAACUACCUGUUCCACGCGGCGGCUCUCUUCAAGCUGUUCCAGCUGUCCAAGGAGAUGAAGAAGAACAUCACUCCCGAGGAACUGCAAAGGUUGGCCUGUCGCGUGUUGCUUGCGACACUGUCCAUCCCACUCCCAUCUGCUCACCCGGAAUUCGACCGCUUCAUCGAGACCGACAAGAGCCCUUUGGAGAAGGCGCAGCGACUGGCAAUACUGCUUGGACUUAGUCAGCCACCGACACGAGCCUCUCUGCUUAGAGACAUUGUGCGGGUGAACGUGGUGUCGCUGGCGUCGCCCCAGCUCCAGGAUCUGUACCUCUGGCUGGAGGUUGAGUUCGACCCGCUGCUGCUGUGCAAGCGCGUGCACGGGGCGACGCGGCGCCUGGCCGACGAGGAGGGCGGGGCCCACCUGCAGCAGUACGUGCGCGCCCUGCAGGACGUCACGCUGGUGCGCCUGGUGCGCCAGCUGUCCCAGGUGUACCAGACGGUGCGCACGGAGCGCCUGGUCGAGCUGGCCGUCUUCGCCUCCGCCUUCCACCUGGAGCGCCUGCUGGUCGACUGCGUGCGCCACAACGACAUGCAGAUCCGCAUAGACCACGGCUCCGGCUGCAUCAACUUCGGGAUGGACCUGGCGGAGGCCCAGCGCGAGGACCACCCCGAGGGCCCGACGCUGCAGAGCAUGCCGUCCGAGCAAGUGCGCAGCCAGCUCGUCAACAUGGCGUGCGUGCUGCACCGGGCCAUGAGCUCCAUCAACCCGGCCAAGAAGAAGAUGGAGCGUGAGAAGUUGAGGGCCCAGAUGGUACAGCACUACCACGAGACCAAGAACCGGGAACACCAGCGCAUCCUGGCCCGCCACAAGAUCAUAGAGGACCGGAAGGAGUACCUGGAGCGUCUCAACACCGUCAGGGAGGAAGAGGAGGCCCGGCGGCUGGAGGAGCUGGCCCGGCAGCAGAUGCUGGCCGAGCAGAAGCGUCUGGAGCAGGAGCGCGAGGAGCGGGAGCGGAAGCGCCAGGAGAACGAGAUACAGCAGAUCAAGGACCGCCACCUCAAGGAGAAGAUGCAGCAGAUAUCGCAGACCUCCCACGGCCAGAAGAUCCUCAAGAAGCUGGACGAGGACGACAUCAAGAAGCUGGACGCGGAGCAGAUCGCGGCCCGCGAGAUGGAGGAGCUGCAGAAGGAGAAGCGCGAGCUCAUGCAGAAGCUCAAGUCGCAGGAGAAGAAGGUGGACUACCUGGAGCGGGCCAAGCGGGUGGAGGAGAUACCGCUGCUGCGCAAGGCGCUGGAGGAGAAGCAGGUGCAGGACCGGGCCUUCUGGGAGCAGCAGGAGGCGGAGCGGAUCCAGCUGGUGGUGGGGGAGCGCGAGCUGGCGGUGCAGCACCGCGAGCGCCUGGCGCGCAUGAAGGCCGACAAGGAGGCGUUCCUGGAGAAGCUUCGCACCGAGCGCCGCACCGUCUACCUGGAGAAACUUAAGGAGUUUGAGAAGAUGCUGGAGGAGGAACGUGAGAAGCGACUGGCUGAAAGGAGACUCGAGCGCAAAGAGGAGCGUCGUUCGAGGUGGAUAAAAGAGCGGGAAGAGGAGGAACUGAGGAAGAAGGAAGAAGAAGAAAGGCAGAAACUGGAAGAGGAACGUUUGAAACGAGAGGAGGAGGAACGCAAGGAAAAGUUGAGGAAGGAGCAACAGGAGGAAGAAUACAGGAAGCAGCGGGAGAUGCUGGACCGGCAGGCGGAGAAGCAGCGGCAGCGCGAGGCGGAGGCGGAGGAGAGGCGUCUGGAGCAGGAGAGGCUGCUGCUGGCCCAGACGUCCCAGUCGUCGAGCUGGCGGCAGGGUCGCGGGGCAGUGCCUCCCCCUCCCGCACAGCUGCGCGACAGGGAGCCCGCGGAGGCCCCCCCUGCCACCCUGCCUGCCGCCGCUUUGCCGGCCGCCGACAGGUCUGACUGGCGCAAGGGCGGGGGGGGCCUCGCUCCGGCCGCCGCCAGGGAGGAGCCCCUGCCUCCCAAGAAGGAUGCCUGGAGACCGGCUCCUCGCUCGGAACGUGAGCCGGAGGCGAAGACCGACUCGAGCUCCUGGCGACGAGGCAGGGACGGAGAUGCGGGCAAGGAUACUGAGCGAGACGGCGGGGGCCGGUCCUUCGGCGACCGGGAUAGGAGGGGUGGUUUCGACAGCGAAAGAGAUGGCGGUAGAGGUUUCGAGCGCGACCGUGAGGGUGGAAGGGUUGGUGGGUUUGGUCGUGACAGGGAUGGUGGAAGACGUGGGUUUGGAGACAGGGAAGGCGGAAGAAGCGGAUUCGGAGAUAGAGAAGGUGGAAGAAGCGGAUUCGGAGAUAGAGAAGGUGGAAGAGGGGGUUUUGAUCGUGACAGGGAAGGUGGAAGGGGAGCCUUUGAUCGUGAUGCAGGAAGAGGUGGUUUCGACCGAGAUAGAGAUCGCCCUUCAGACCGCAGCGGUGGCAGUGCGUCUAUGGGUAGUUGGAGAAGCAAGCCUGCUGAACCUGAAGGAGAUGAUUCUAGAAGGCGCGUGGAUGAUCGCAGACCUGCUGCGGCUCCUGUCAGAGCUCCGGUGAAAGAUGUCGGGCCGCCCCGACGCAUGCCGCCUGGUCCAGACGACAAGAGGCGGGAGGCUGCACCGCCCGACGACAAUAAACCAGAGGAGAAAGCAACACCUCCGCAGAAGGAAGAAGAACAAACGACUGAACAGGCAGCUCCUGUGGCAGAAGAAGGUGAAGAUGGUAAUUGGCAGAAAGUUAGUCGACGCUAAAUUUGAAUAAAAAUUUUGACUGUAAGAGCUUGUGGUUGAAUAUAAUUUUUGGUUUUGGAUGACUGUAUAGAUUAUCUUUUCUUUAAUACCAUGUAUUCUGCUUCAUGUAUUUUAUUAUAAUUGCUGAAAUUUAGUUAAAAUUCUGUUCAUGUAGAUGGUACUGUACUGGCAAAAUAGAAUAUUUGAGUUCUUGUAAUCAUUUGUGAUUAUGGAUUGAUUCUGCUAACUAGCAAGCUACUGCAUGACUGUAAUGUAUCAUUUAGUAGAAAAAUAAAAAUGAUAUGAAUAAAUACUCUCUCAGCCA